AUGUCUGAUUGUAAGGCCAUUCUCACUCCUAUGGCCACCAUUGUUAAAUCCUCCACCAUAGGGGGUGUUCCAUUCUCUGAUGUGAGUCACUAUCGCCCUAUAGUUGGUGCCUUACAGUAUGUUACACUCAUAAGACCUGAUGUUGCAUUUUGUAUUAAUCGUGCUUGUCAAGCUAUGCAUUCUCCUAUUGAAGAGGAUUGGACUCUGGUCAAGCAAAUCCUGUGCUACUUGAAGGGCACCAGUUCCCAUGGCCUAUUCUUUGAACAUUCCCCCAACUUCACUCUCCAGGCGUUUAAUGAUGCCGAUUGGGCUAGGAGCAGCUCUGAUCGCCAUUCUACAGGUGGUUAUGCAAUCUUCUUAGGGCCGAACCUAAUCUCCUGGCAAUCUCGCAAGCAGAAGACCAUUUCUCGCUCUUCCACUGAGUCCUAA